AUGACUGAAAUGAAUCAAGAAGACUUAAAGUCUCAACUGCUUCACUUAAAUUGCAAUUGGCUUUUCAACGUCCCAACAGCAAGCCACCACGGUGGCGUUUGGGAGCGCAUGAUAAAAACAGUAAGGAGUAUUUUGGAUGCACUUAUGUUACAACAUAGGUCACAACUUAAUGAUGAUAUGUUGAUAACUUUCAUGGCCGAGGCUGAGGGCAUUGUAAAUAGUCGACCCUUAUAUACCACUGAGGAUGCUAGUUUAGAGCCACUGACCCCAGCGCAUUUACUCAGGAUGAAGCCUUUUGUACCGCCUCCACCGGGCAACUUUAACAGAAAUGGUCGCUAUAGCAGGAAAAUGUGGAGACGAGUCCAGCACCUGGCCGAAUGUUUCUGGUCAAGAUGGCGCAAGGAGUACGUCCACCUUCUACAGAGUAGGCAAAAAUGGAAUGUGACGAGACGAAAUAUGCGAAUAGGAGAUGUUGUUAUGGUGAUGGACGAAGGCGCAGCCCGAAUUACUUUGGAACUAGGACGUGUAACCAAAGUCAUGCCUGGUAAAGAUGAACUUGUCAGGAAGGUAGCCCUGUACUCAGGAAGAAAAAAAUGGAGAGUUGGUUUUACUAGUAGGCAACGAAUCUUAAAGGUGUUGCAUACAAGAACUGUAAAAAAAAAAAAAAAAAAAAACAACUGUUGCAUACAAGAACUGUAA